UUUUGGAUAAAGUGGAGGGCUGUGAGAUGAGAGCUUCAAGACUCAAUCAGAGAAGAUACGACAGCAUGUCAGAUAACUUGUCAGUUGUUUCAAGAAAAACUGUUCGAAGAUUUCCCAAAUCAAGAAAGCAGAAGAAGAUGUAUAACAUUGGACUUCCACAGUCAAAAGUGUGGAGGAAGAGAGCGCCAAAGUGAUCGUUCAUAGAUCCUCAAACUAAAAAGGUUAAUUUUGAGAAGCUGAAAUACCCUCUGAAUGACUUAUUUGAGAACACUCCUUUCUUUGAAGUCCCAGGUGUGGUCACAGCAAAUGCCAAGCCGACCUGGAAGAAGCUUCAGGAGUUGAUUUAUUCUCCAUUUAAUGAUUUUCAGCGAUAUCUAGAUCAUAUUCAGUAUAAGAAGAAUUUUAAUGAAGAGAAUAAUCAUAAUAUUGCAGUGCAAAGAAUGAACCGUCAGUCAAGGAAUAGAAAGUUUAACAAGCGAAUUAGAAGAAAAUCCAUGAUGAAAGAUAGCAAUGAUUACCCAAGCCAUAAGCGAGUUCUUUCCUCAAGCAUAGUCACUAAGUUUACCAAAGAGAAUUCUGAUUACCAGAGGCUCUCUGGUUGGAAAAGAUUCCCUCGCUGGAAAAGAUUCCCUCGCUGGAAAAGGAUCCUUUGUUGCAAAUAACAUAAGUGGCAGUGAGGAGUGAACACAAAACAAC